AUGAUACAGCCUUUGGAAGUAACUGAAUAUGAUGUUAUCAUUCUUGGAACGGGUUUAGUAGAAUCAAUUCUUGCAGGUGCUUUAGCGAGAAUUGGAAAGUCAGUAUUACACUUGGAUGCAAAUGGAUUUUAUGGUGGAAGUUGGAGUUCACUUAACUUUCGUGACCUUUUAAACUGGAUUCAGAAUAUGCAAGAAGAAGAAGAAGAAAAGAAUAUAUUACCAAAUUAUGAUGAAUUAGCAAGAUUUUUACUUGAUUCAGAAGAAUUUGAACAACAUGAUGCUAUUUCCAAAAUUAUUACUGAACAAUUUAAAUCAAAAGUUAUUAAUAGAACAAAUGAAAUCGUACGUCACGUAUCCACUAGUUUAUCUAAUUUUGAAAGAAUUGAAACUUUGGCUAUGUUAUUAAAAGAAUCAAAAAAAUAUAAUAUAGAAUUAUCACCUAAAUUGAUGUCAUGUCGAGGUGAAUUAAUUGAAUUGUUGAUUAAUUCGGGAGUUGGUAGAUAUUUAGAUUUUAAAGCUAUGGAAACUACUUACAUUUAUACGGGAAAUGAUGAUAAUAAUUUUGAUAAG